UUAUUACACUCUUACUACAAAACUAAUAUUUCUCCCAAUAUAGUCAUUCAGCAAAUUAACCCUUUUUAAAUGCUCUCGUAAUUACAAUUCAACCGUUGGUCUUAGAAAGUCAUGGUUUUAUUUUAAAAAUUUAUUAUAUGUUUUCUUAUUAUAAGUCGAUAUAAUUGUUAGUUUAACCACACAUUGCACUUAUUCCGUGUAACCUUGGCUCCCACAAGCACACCUGAAAGACUCUCACUCUCUAAGCUCUUUCUCAUGUUCGGAGUUACGGCAAGACUUGAUGACCAACUCGGCACCACAACCACACCAAGCACCAUAUACAUGGACCCACCUUCCCUAGACCAGCCGUGCCACAACUCAGACCACCGUUCAAUAGAAACACUAGUCGUUAUCUUAGCUGUCAUCACCAUUUUAUCCGUCUUAGCCGGCAUCUUCGCUCGGCUUUGCGGUGGACGCCAUUUAUCUGACAGCCGAGACCACGACAUCGAAGGUUGGGUGGAGAGGACGUGCCGUAGCUGCAUCGAUGCUGGAGUCCCCACCGUCGCUGCCGCUCCUCUUCCACCGCCUCCAGCGACCACAGAAAUAGUGGAAGAGCAAAGCAAGCCAACAGCCGCUGGAGAUCAAAGCAAGAAGUGAAAAAAGUGAAGUAAAAAAGGGGUGAACCUAAAUUCUUCGGUUCAGCUCUUAAUUAACCUUAUCAUGUAAUCGUCGAAAAAAUGAAAACAUUAUGUAUUCUCAGUAAUUUUGAAGACAUCGUUUUACUUAUUCUACGGACAUCGUUUUACAGAUGUUUUAUGAUUAUUUAUUUUUGAAAAAGAAAACAUAGAAAGCAAAAAUUCUUGUCAACUUUUAUCUUCAUAUCUGUCGACAAUUAGACCAAUGGAAUUAUAUAUAAAAAGACAUCAAAACAAUCAAACCACACUAAAGUUGUAUAUAUAUUCACCAUGUUUAAUAGUAAAACAAAAUAUUAGAGAAAUGAUAUUAUUCAUUUAUUCAUGGACAAGCAAUCAACUUCAGUGAAUCAUAUACAAGACAACAAUUAUCUCAACUAUUGUAUGUAUAUUCCCAUAUAUCUUUAGUUUUCUAUAUAUAUCAAGAAUCAAUACGUAGAUAACGAUAUACAUGCAUCUAUAAUUACAUAUACUACGUAUUUAUGUAUAUUACAUAAUCAGCUUAGUAAUUAAGGGCAUUUAGGAGAAACAGUG